AUGGCGAAAUUCGAUUUGACAUCGCGCAUAGGUCAAUACUUGGAUCGACAUUUAGUUUUUCCACUUUUGGAGUUCUUAUCUGCAAAUCAGAUAUACGAUGAGGUUGAAUUACUUCAAGCUAAGCUCAAUAUUCUUAGCAAAACAAAUAUGAUAGAUUAUGCAAUUGACAUUCGACAACUACUUUAUCCAAACUUAGAGGUGCCAGAGGAAUUAAAAGCUCGACGAGCAGAAGUAUUACAAGAACUUGGUACCUUACAAAAUAAUGUAUCUGUUGUUGUGGCACUUAUGAAUAAUGAAGAUGUUAUGAAGAAGAUGGAGAAUGUACGAGAUUCAAAAUCAUUGAACAAUUGUUUAACAGAAAUAACCGAGUUUAAAGUAGAGAUGAUGGAUAACUUUGUGAAAUUAGCAAAGUAUCGUUAUGAAUGUGGCAAUUAUUCUAUUUCUACAUCAUAUUUGUACUUUUACAUGCUUAUAAUGCCACCAACUGAUAAGAAUUAUUUAAAUGUACUUUGGGGUAAAUUGGCAUCAGAGAUCUUAAUACAAAACUGGGAUACUGCAUUGGAAGAUGUGAACAAGUUAAGAGAAUACAUUGAUAGCAAUGUCAUAGGAAAUUCUCUUCAAGUAUUACAACAAAGGACGUGGCUCAUUCACUGGAGCUUAUUCGUGUUCUUCAAUCAUAUGAAAGGCAGAGAUUUAAUCAUAGAAAUGUUCCUUUAUAGACCCCAUUAUUUAAACGCUAUUCAAACGAUGUGUCCUCAUAUAUUGAGAUAUUUAGCUACUGCUGUCGUCGUUAAUCGUUCUAGGCGAUCUAUAUUGAAAGAUUUGGUCAAAGUAAUACAACAGGAGUCUUAUACGUAUCGUGAUCCCAUUACGGAAUUUUUAGAACACUUAUACGUGAAUUUUGAUUUUGAUGGAGCAAGACAAAAGCUACAAGACUGUGAAACAGUUCUAUGUAGUGACUUUUUCCUAACUGCAUUACACAGUGAAUUUGUAGAAAAUGCUCGCUUAAUGAUUUUCGAGACAUUCUGUAGAAUACAUCAAUGUAUAAGUAUUGGAAUGCUUGCAGAGAAACUUAAUAUGGAAACAGACAUAGCGGAAUGUUGGAUUGUCAAUCUAAUCCGUAAUGCACGGUUAGACGCGAAGAUAGACAGUAAGUUGGGGCAUGUUGUAAUGGGUGGACAGCCUGCAUCGCCGUAUCAACAAUUAGUUGAAAAAAUUGAAACCCUAAGUGUUCGAAGCGAGGCGCUAGAAAACUUAAUUGAACGUAAACUAAAAGCUAAGAAUCAGGAUUCUGCAAAUAUAAUGUGGAACUAACUGAGUACUAAACGUCUUGGAAUCUGGUUUUGUGACAUCAAAAAGCAAAAAAGGGCAGAUAAUUCAAACUGAAUCUGUAAGCCGAAUACACGACAGUGAAAUAAUUCAAUUCUACGUAUGUAAGGUGAAACCAGAAUUAAGACCGUGAAAUGAAUAUAUUUUUAUUCAUAAACUUUUUGUUAUAAAGUAUUGCAUGAGUAAAAAUAUAUUGGUUACAAUACUGCAUAAAUAUACGUGUAUACAUUACAACGCAA